AUGACGGACUACAAGUCUGUAUCGACACCCAUGUCUUGGACUAUGAAAUUAUCUGCUCAAGGGGGUGCUCACUACCGCUCCAUUGUUGGCGCCUUACAGUAUGUAACCCUGACCCGUCCAGAUGUUGCCUAUGCAGUGAAUCAUGCCUGCCAAUAUAUGCAUGCACCUACGAAUAACCAAUGGUCGCUUGUCAAGCGCAUCAUGCGCUAUCUCAAAGGCACACAACAUCAUUGGUUAGUACUACGUAGAUCCUCCGAUUUCAGUCUUCAAGCCUUUAGUGAUGCCGAUUGGGCUAGAAACAAUGAUCACAGAAAAUCAACCGAUGGAUAUGCAAUUUUUCUCGACCCUAACCUCAUCUCUUGGGCCUCCAAAAAACAAUGUACUGUUGCCCGCUCCUCCACCGACGCUGAGUAUAAGGCACUGGCUGUUGCUUGUGCAGAGUUGACAUGGCUACGGUCCUUAUUUGCGUAA